CAUUUUUACCAAGCAUCAUCACCUUAUUUUCAGUUUCAACAUCUUUAUCAAAAUGCAUUUUGCUUAUUUAUAAAAUUAAUUUUAACAUUUAAAGCUUAUCAGCUAUUUAUAAUACAUUAAUAUUUCGUAACUAUUACACACCUAGUUGCCGGUCUCUUUUUUCUUCUUUGUAAGUUUAAAAAUAUCACUGAUUAUAUGAAUGGUGCAGGUGGUAAAUCAUGGAAUACCAGAAAAUUUGAUGAAGGAAGUAAUUGAUGGGACUCAAGGAUUUUUCAACAUGAGAGAGGAAGAGAAGAAAGAGUUUGAAGGGAAGCAUGUUUUGGAUCCAAUAAGGUGUGGUACCAGCUUCAAUGCCUCUGAGGAGAAAGCUUUUUUUUGGAGGGACUAUCUUAAGGUCUUUGUACAUCCUAAAUUUCACUCUCCUAGCAAACCCCAAGGAUACAGUGAUACUAUGUCGGAGUAUAGUGAGAAAACUCGAGAAGUAGCAAAAGGAUUACUUGCAGGAAUAUCAGAAGGCUUAGGACUUGAAGAAUGUUUCUUGGACAAAGCUCUAGACAUGAAGUCAGGAUUUCAGAUAUUCAUUGCAAAUUAUUACCCACGUUGUCCUCAGCCUGAACUUGCACUUGGAAUGCCACCUCAUUCAGAUCAUGGACUUUUAACUCUUAUUAUUCAAAACCAAGUUGGAGGUCUACAAGUUCAACAUCAAGGCAAAUGGAUUCAUGUCAAUGCUCUUCCAAAUUCUCUCUUGGUCAAUACUGGUGAUCAUCUUGAGAUUUUCAGUAAUGGCAAAUACAAGAGCAAUGUAAACAGAGUAGUGGUAAACAACACAAGUCCAAGAAUAUCAGUUGCUGUUGCUCAUGGACCAUCACUAGAAGCAAUUGUGAGCCCUGCUUGCCCAUUGGUACAAAGUGAAAGCAACCCUCCAGCUUAUAUACCAAUGAAGUACAAGGAUUACAUGGAGUUGCAGCAGAUUAAUCAACUUCACCAAAAAUCCAUCUUGGAACAGGUCAAGAUUCUUAGGAACUAAAUUUUCUUUUUUUCAAUGGGGAGCUGUAUUUCAUAUUAUUUCUGAGGUUCACAUCAAUAAAUUUUAGUACCUAAUAAUGGGACGCAUUCGUGCAAUAAAGUCACAAUCUUUUUUUCUUUUUCUCGGAAAGAAAACUAGAUUUUAUAAUUCUUAGUGGUAACUUUAAUAUACCUUAAUGGUCAAUUCCGGGGGUGGAGCUACAAGUUUGUUCACGGGUUUCGC